AUGCAAGAGCAGCAAAUACCAACUUCACCACAUUCCAUUGAUGCAAAUCAAGAACAUGUGGAGAGUCCAAGAGGAGAAGAUGAUUGGGCACUUGUAACCUUUGUUGGAGAAAAAUCCAAGACCCAAGAAAUACAAGAAGGCAAUGGAGAAGGUGAACAUCGAACCUUGUGUGAAGAUGGACACCCAACCCUUGAUCUUCUCAAGAUAAGAGAUGAUGUCACAUGGUAUCUAAGGAAGCUUGGCUUGAGCAAGCUCUUCAAGAUAGAAUGCAGUGAGUACUCAAUGCUCACCAAGGAGUUCCUCUCCACAGUAGCUCUUGCCUUUCCCAACAACAACAAUGGAGACCAACCAGCUGGUGAUGGACUCCUACUCUUCAAGAUAGGCGAUGCCAAUGGGCGCAUCUCAUCUCAGCUCUAUGCCAACUCUUUGGACUUCCCAAUGAGACAGCACAUGACUUCAAGGAGAACUCAAAGAGGAAACAAGCUGCCUUUGCUGAUUGGACACACUUUGCCAAUGAACCAUUCUUGCCUUCAAGAUCAAAGGUGUCUAGAAUCACUCAUCCAGCCAUUCGCUAUGUGCACCGCCUCAUCUCAACCACUUUCAAUGCAAACAAGAAGCCAACAAAACACUCAUCAAUGUGAGGAAUCUAGCUCAAGACUUGGAAGGCAACAAGAAGCUUUGUGUCGAUUUGGGAGACUUAUCACAGCCAUAGUGCAACAUGUGGGGAUUGACAUUCCCAACUAUGAGCCACUACCCAAGCCAAUCCCUUUGGAUCUCCAUGCCCUUCAGCAAAUCCACUUCCUAAACCGUUGGACUCAAAACCCAACCAAGUUUUGCUAUGAGUUUCCAAUUGGACCAACCAACACUUCGCUUGUCUUGCUGCCACAUGAGACAUCCCAAGCCUACGCUCAGGUGUUGUCACUUUCCAGCCCAAGGAGGAAGACUUCUAUCCAUCAAGAGAGAAACCAUCACUCCCCAUCCUCACAUUCGCACAGUCAAGCUCAACGCCGCCACCAAGAACGCCAUGUUCUCAGCACUGGCAUGGCCGCGAAUCAAGCCCUAGACCGUGUGAGCAAGCUGGAGAAGAUGUGGAGUGCCAAUCACGCUUCAUCUCACGCCUUGUUCGUGUUCGCCACAUUGCACCGGAGAGACUCUUUCGCCCUUCUCUCACCGCUAGAGAACCAUAUGAGCCUGACCUUGGUGAGUUCUCACUAG